UGGCGCCUUGGCCAGCGACAUGCACUCUCCCAGCUCGGGCAUCUCGAAGUUCAAGGGUGUUGAUGAUGUCCGCAGCUUGCUGUUGCUCGCCAAUGGAGAGUUCAGCACUGACAUCUUUAGCACUGCUUUCCUCAAGGGCAUGGAAGAGGCGAAGAAGUUCUUGCCCACAAACAGUGAGCUGACGGCCACCGGUGAGCAGGACCAACCGAAGGAGAAAAGCAGCAGGGGCCGCAAGGACUGGAGCGACGAGGUGGAGGCUGAUUUCAGUAGGACGGACAGAUUGGUCGAAGCUGGUGCCUGCGAGGUGUUCGACUUGAAUCAAAUGUGCAGUUCCAUGGACAAUGAGACUGGGAACAGUAACAAGAAGGGGAGAAAGAGCAAGGCACGGGUGAUUGACCUGCACACGCUGCUGAUCCACUGUGCCAAGGCGGUGAUGGAUGACCGCCGGAGGGCAGGUGAGUUGCUCAAGGAGAUCCAGCAGCAUGCCUCACCCACUGGUGACGCCACACAGCGGCUUGCCUACUGGUUCGCUGAGGGGCUGGAGGCACGGCUCACUGGCACAGGCAGCCAAGUGUAUGGGACGCUUACGGCUAAGGGCACCUCUGCUGUGGCACACUCAGAGGCUUACCAAGAAUUCAUUUCAGCGUGCUGCUUCAGGAAUGUAUCCUUCUUGUUCGCCAACAGUGCCAUCUUCAAUGCGGCAGUGGGGAGGAGCAGGUUGCACAUUGUUGAUUAUGGCUUUCGUUAUGGAUUCCAGUGGUCAGAACUGCUGCGCAGGCUGGCAGCAAGGGAUGGUGGCCCGCCAGAGGUCAGGAUCACGCACAUUGACCUCCCACAGCCUGGAUUCCACCCAGAAAAACAUAUGGAGGAGAUCGGUUAUCGGCUGACUGGCAUUGCCCGGGAGCUUGGUGUGUCGUUCAAGUACCGUGCCAUCUUGGCGCAGUGGCAGACCGUUUCCAUCGAGGACCUGGACCUGGACCUGGAACCUGAUGAGGUGCUUGCUGUGAAUGACCUGUACAAUUUCAGGACCUUAAUGGAUGAGAGUGUCGUCAUAGGCAGCCCGAACCCCAGGGAUACUGUCCUCGGCAACAUCAGCAAGAUGAAACCGGACGUGUUUGUCCAAAGCACCGUGAAUGGUUCCUAUGGCACCUUCUUCUUGUCACGGUUCCGCGAGGCCCUCUUCUUUUACUCUGCACUGUUUGACAUGCUUGAUGCAACCAUGCCAAGGGAGAACAAACUGCGGCUGGCGCUGGAGCGCAACAUCUUUGGGUGGGUUGUCCUGAAUGCCAUUGCAUAUGAGGGAACGGACCGGGUGGAGCGUUGUGAGACCUAUAAGCAUUGGCAAGUCAGAAACCAACGUGCAGGCCUGAGGCAGCUGCCACUGGACAGAGAAACUGUUAAGAUGGCUAGGGACAUGGUAAAGAACAAAUACCACAAGGACUUUCUCAUCGACGAGGACCACCACUGGCUGCUGCAAGGGUGGAAGGGCCGCAUCCUCUUGGCUCACUCAACAUGGGAGGCAGACGGUGCUAGCUCCCACUGUUAACUAAUUUUCUCCUUCCUGCACUUGAACAUAAGUAGAUAUGGUAUUAAUACUGUUUGUGGUGUGGUUUAUGCUCUCAAGCUGAAAGAUGCAUUUUGACUCGUCAUAUCUAUCGGACUGCUUGAAGUAUUUCAGAUAAUGUCUGCAUUUUUUCCCCUUUUCUUGUACCCAACUGUAUAAGGUAAAUAUAUAUUUAGGGUUGUGCGUUGUCUACUAGCCUACUAUACAUGAUCCAGUAAAUUUGAACUAGUUGCAUACUCGUUUUAUUGUUUGAUGCAGCUGGCCACUACAGUGGCUGUUCAGUCUCCAGAGUUUGGUGUUGAGCUUUGGCCGUUCACAUGAACCAUCUGAUCUCUUUGUCAUGGCCUGAUGGAUUUGUGUGACGAUGGUAAGGAAGAUGAAGGUCCGAGAUUGGAAGUAAACCCUAGAAGACUAACGAUGAUAUGAUAUCAUCCUCAUGUAUGUGUAAAUUGGAUGUUUUAGUCGCAGUGUAUUACAACUUUUGUCAUGGAUAAUGAAGACCAGCAUUUUAUGGACCUUGAUUCACAACAAGAUAAUAUGGGCAGGGUAAAGGUCCAUGGACCGGGGAUGUCCCUCAACAGCCUCACUGCAGGGCUUGUCCCAGACGUGGAAGAGGGGCUUAAAGAAUUUUUGAUUAUUUCAUUGCUUAUUUUUAGCAGAGUACAUGAUGUUCCUUUUAUAUGGAAGACUCGUCCCGACCACCAAAAAUAGGAUAUCUUCUUUCCUAACAAACUCAUCUCUAACUUUCUAAGUAAAUGUAUCUCUUCACUUGGCAUCUUCUAAUUCCUUUUGCUUCUGGCCGGGGUAUGUCACAUGCCAAUUCAAUUGCAUUGCAUGGGCCAUAUUUUUUACCGGUAGCAAAUAUGGUAACCAAUUUCAUUGCCUCUGAAACUCUUCUAACUAACACGAACCUGUGCCCAUUGUGUGUUAUAUUCGUAUUGCUUGCCUGGAAUUGCUAUUUCUCUCUAUGCUUUAAUGUUUCAGCCUUUCAGGUCACAAGUUCAUUGAUUGAGCGUUAUGUUUACUAGCAGGUUUGUAGUGCUACUGGGCCUGUGUGCAGUGAAUGGGAUAAACGGCAGGUCUGAAGGUACCGAAUGACUACUUCAAUCUAAUAGUGAUUUAGUGAUUACAGAUUAAACAAAAUACUGGCUCAUGAAAGAUGAAAGCAUGCUAAAAAACUGCAAUUAUAUGUUUUAAUACUGAAAAAAAUGCAAGUUCGCAUGUAACAGUAUACUUCUCCCUUGUGGUUUAUCUCUACUCCUAUAAAAAUACGAGUUGGUGAUGAUGGUGUGCCUGCCUUGCUUCAAUUUCAACCAUCAGAUCUACAUCCAACGCAUUGCAAGUAAUCUGUGGUAAAUUUUGCAAAAAAAAACGCCUGAUGCAUUACACAUUUGUAGAUAAGCCCUCUCAGCCUAUCUCUCUUGUUCGACUCUCUGCCCCACCCCCACCGGGUCAAAAAAAAAAAGAAACUAUCGACCUUAUCCACCAUCUCCUCUCCAGAACGGGAGGCGCCGUACGAACCGCCGCCGGCAGCGCUGGAAUCGAUCCGGCGAUGUGGCAGUUGUCGACGCCGUUCAACCCCAGCCAACUCCCCGGCCUUAUGCCUUCUACCAGUCCAACCUCUCACCGCCGCGGCGAACCAUCCUCCUCGCCGUCUCCCCCGUGGCUCCGCCCCUUUCCCCGUCUCAUCCGAUGCCAACCUCGGCAAGCAGGCCGACGCCGCCGUCCGUCUAACGAGGCCUAUACUGCCUCCUCCUCUGCUGCUGCAGGCUUAGCGUAGACCAUCACUGCCACCUCUCCCCCCUUGCCGUCUCCUCCGCCUGCUCACCCGUCUCCUCCGCCGCUGGCCGCCGUAGGUCCGCCACCGACGCAUCUUCUGCCUCUUCCUCUGCCGCAGUGUUCCCACCGACCUCCGCCCAUCAUCGCCACCACCUCCCCCUCCUCGAUGUCUCAUCCGCCCUCUCCACCCUCUCCUCCAACGCUGACUGCCCCAAGUACGCCGCCGGCUACGAGCUGCUCAUUCACAGCGGCGGCGGCGCCGUCACAUACUACUCCUUGCCCUUCCCCACCGGCGCGCUAUUCUUGGCUACUGUCAUCCUGUCCACCCAUGCCGCCUCCCAAAUUUAAAUUUUCUGCCAAACCCGCGCGCCCAGGCGAAACUGUCUAGAAACCAUCCUUGCAGGCCCAUAUAUAUCAAAUUUUCUAUCACUCUGGGUUCGAAUCCGCAUGCCAAGGUGGAGCUGUCUAGAAACUACUAUUGAAGACCAAUAUAAAGCAAAUGGGACUCUCGCUGCUGCACCCAAAGAAGCCAAACGCUGGUCACGCCAAUCUUCAGAUUGAAUGGAUUGUGAGGACUUCGUCUUCUGUUCUACUUCGUGAAGGACCAAGGUCCAAAAGAUACUCAUCAAGCUCAGAAAUUAGAAGUCUCCAGGAGAAACCCUUGGAUUUAGGUGUGAAACUGAGUAAUCACAAGGUCUUGCGCCCAAAUGUUACAAUCCUCGUGCCAACAAAGCGAUAAAGGAAAACAAAAAGGUUGUGUAACCUGUGGGCUUCCAUCUGCUGGCGUACCACAUGAUAUGAUAUAUGUGCUGAAUAAUUACGUUCGCUAAUUAUUUGGUGCCAUCUCGGUAAGAGGAGGAUUUACUUGGGUUAUUUGUUAGGUAUCAUGUCAUUCAAAAAUCAACUUCCUUUUCACUGAAGGAAUAAAUCCUGCUUUCAUGUGUUCGUCCUAACAUCUUGAGCAGCCUUGCACAAAGGAGCUCUUUGAGGACUGUUGUGACAUAGACCCAGUAAGCUGGCGAUGGUGGCGCAGGAAGUGUGGGCGUCGACAUGGCUGGAACCCCAUGGUCAUGAGACUAGCAAUGUAGUCGUCGUCGUCCUUUUUGGGCUCUGCUGUGUUUGGUCUAUUUGGGAUUCUGUGUACAACUUUUUUCUCCGUAUGAGAGUUAACUGUAGUUUGUCAGGUUACUGGUUGACGAUGCUCUUGUUCAUGUUACCAAGGAUGAUGGAGGGAGUAGUUGUUUAUGCUUUCAUGUUGGGUUUGGGUGGCUACUGCCCAGCCCGUAUGGUGUGUAUAUGUGCGUGUGUGUAUUGGGUUUGGGUGGCUAAUGCCCAGCCCGUAUGGUGUGUGUAUGUGCGUGUAUGUAAAUACCGGAAUGAUUUCAGCAACCGAAUUUGGAGUCUGUAAGCUCCUUUUCUCGGAAAAA